CACACCUUUGAAUGCAUCACAGUAAUCAAACAUUCCUCAACAUACAUUGUCCAGCUUAUUCUUUCCUUCGCUCUCAAAUUCAUAACAUGGCUAGCCAAAAAUUCUCUUCUUCAAAAACCAAACUCACAUUCUGCGUAGUCCUCUUCGCGCUCUUUCUUACUUCUGUUUCAUCAUUUAGACUUCUCGAAGAAGAAUCUGUAUCACCUGUUGUCCCCCCGGAGACAUCAGCUGAGGAACCAGCUGCCGGAACAGGCCCAAUUCCCACACCUACUGCCCCCGGUAAUGAUCCCCACCACACUUUAUCAUUUUUCAUGCACGACAUAUUAGGAGGAACAAAUCCCUCAGCUCGGGCCAUCACCGGAGUAGUCACCAAUCCAGCUCUCAAUGGUCAAAUCCCAUUUGCCAAGCCAAACGGUGCAAACUUCCCACUCAACAAUGGAGUACCAGGAAACAGCAACAACAAUGGUCUUAUAGACAACAACAACAUUCCAUUCCUCACCGGCCUUGCUGGAAGCAAGUCAAACGUGAUCACAAACAAUGGCAACAAUAACAACAACGGAUUCGGGUUCCCUGGUGCCCAACUCCCUAUUGGUUCAGCCCUCCAGAAGCUCAUGUUUGGAACCAUGACAGUAAUUGAUGAUGAACUAACUGAAGGCCACGAGCUAGGUUCCGGAUUAGUUGGAAAGGCUCAGGGGUUCUAUAUCGUCAGUUCUGAAGACGGGAAUAGCCAAACUAUGGCAUUCACUGCUAUGUUUGAGCAUGGAGGUUAUGCAGAUAGCCUUAGCUUCUUCGGGGUUCAUCGGACUGUAGUCUCCGAGUCUCAGCUAGCUAUUAUGGGUGGAACUGGUAAGUAUGUUAAUGCAAAAGGAUUUGCAGUUGUGAAGACUCUUCCAAUAGUCGACCACCAAACAACUGAUGGACUCGAGACAGUGUUGGAGUGCACUGUUUAUAUUACUUACUGAUGAUACAUUGUUCUUCAUCUUUUCAUUGUGAGCAUUUUUUCUUCUAGCAUUUUAAGUUCUUGAAUCUGUACAACAGAGUACAAUUCCAUUGUUUCUUGUAAUUUUAUGUCCCUUUCACCCUAAAAGAGUUAUUUAAAUUUGAA